CGGGACGACGGUGUAAGGCCAUGUUGCUGGUGGUCGUACGCAAGGGCAGACAUCAGGUCAAAGCACGUGGUAAUCGCCGAUCGCGCAGAUUGCACAUCUCUAUGUGUUGGAUGUAUAGCAUAUUUUUAUGAAAGUUUUGAUGUAAAAUUUAACAGAAAUUACAUAGAUUAUAGCAAUGACCAGUAUUUUGACAGGAGCUUCUGAAUCUUCAACAUCAGAACUGAUCAGUGUUUUAAAUCUUCUUGGGGACGACAAGCUAGAAGAUAAUGUUAAUCGUAUUAUUUUGGGAUUGGUUUCCAGCUUAACUGUAGAGACAAGUCCGGACAUUAAGACAUUGAAUAUACUGACCUCUGUUUUGAAAUUGAAAAAUAAAUUGAGGGAUGGCACUGCUGCAGAGGAUAGUUUACUGGAUUGUAAACACAUUUUUAAUUUGUGUUCAUUAUUAAUAGAUCGCAACAGUGAUAUUAAAGGUCAGUGUUUUAAUUGCCUUUGUGAUGUUCUUCAGCAGACAUUGCUGUUAAUGGGGAAGGACUCCCUCUACAGUUGUGUUACAAAUGUUGUGAUUAAGUGUCAAAAGGAUUUGACGUUGUUUGUGAAUAAUGCAGACAUUGAAGAAAGUAAAUAUGCUUGUUCAAGCAGACCAGAAGUAAGUUUAAGAAUUUUAGAAACUGUUUGUGCUGCAGUGCUGCAUAAACAUGACAGCAGUGCAUUGAAUCAAUAUGAAACAGACAGUAUUAUCUUAAGAAAUGAUGAUGUGUAUAAUUUGAUUUUAACCAUUGUCUGUUGUGGUGUGGAACAUAUUGCAAUUCAGACUUUGCAGUCUGUUAUCCCAAAGGUAAUCAUGUGUACCACAGACAACACUUUGCUGCAGAAACUAUGGAGACAUAUAACAACAAACGUUGAUAGUGAUCUAUCACAUACAUUCCAAAUUCUGUGCAUCCUGAUACAAUUUUAUCUGCCCAGUGAUUUGCAGAAUGUUCAUAUGAGUUACAGUGUGACAAAGGAGAAUAUGUUCUGGAAGAUGUUACAAAUUGGACUAAGAAGUGCUGACCCACUGGUCAGGAAGCGGGCUCUGUACCUCAUGAAAAGAGCUGUAGUUAGUCUUUGUCAGAACAAUACUUCUGUCUCUCUUAACUGUCCUGAUGCAGUUUUCUGGUGGGACUCUACAGACUCUAGUGAGGUCUGGGAGCAGUUCUUUCUUAUUAUAGAAACUUUGGAGGAAAAGCAAGUCCACAUAAUCAAGCCAGUUUUGCCAGUGGUUGACUUUCUGUGUGCAUCAUACAAUAAAAGUAAUAUUCUGCAUGUGUCAUGGAUUUUAUGUGUAUUCUGUAGAAUUAUAAGUCAUUAUAACAGUUCUAUUGUUAAGUGGGGAAUUAUAAAUUUUGUUCGCAUUCACAGAGAGUUACAUCUUUCAAGAAAUGGAUAUGUGAUACUUGAAUUUGUUCGCCCAUUUAUGAAUGGUGUGAGUAACUCUGCCUUAUACAGUGGGAAUACAGAACAUAGCUCUCUGUCUGAAGUAGGAGAAGCACUGAAAGAUUUAUUUGAGUCUGUCAUUACAGAAUCUUCUUAUGGAGACUGUCGUGCAUUCUUCUGUCAUGUGUUGGAUGUGAUGAACUCAAUUUCAUGGGCACCUGUACCCUUGUUCAAUGUAAUGUAUGCACUAGCACAUACACGUAGCAUUCCAGUGUGGAACAAGCAGAGCCUUGGAAUUCUGAAAGACUUUGUCUCUGAAGCACUUGGGUGUCAAUACAUAUUCAUUCGUGGGGCAGUACAAUGUAUGCUCCUAAAUGCAACCAUCCAUUUAGCAGACCACGACUCGCUUGAUGUUUACACUGUUGCAGAUUAUCUAGGGAGCUUUAGAAGCAGUGAGUCACUAAAGCGAGGGACAUCAGCUUGGCAGGACACUGUGAAGUGGAUUCAGAUGUUUGUCAGUAAGGAUGAUGCUGCCAGGUUUGUUACCAUGACACUCUCAGCUCCAGAUGAUGUGGUUUGUCUCAGUAUGAGGGGAGUGGCUCGAAUGGUUAUACUGCUGUGUGAUGCUGCACUACUGCCAUGUUGCAUGAUUGACAAGACAUGCUCCCUGGCUAACUUACUUUACUCAAUACUGUCAUGUUUCCAUAACUGUGAUAAAAGACUGUAUGCCAGUGAAGCAGAACAGAAUCGCACUCUACAGUUGGUUGUGUGUUUGCUAAAUGAAAGCCACACAGCAUGUGGAGAUGAUUUGAUUAGGAAAACAAUAAUAAGUUAUGUGAAUUCAAUGAUGGAUCAGAUAUUUAUUUGUAUUAGUAGACGAAUGCUGUCAGCCAUACAUUUGCAAGAUUAUCAUCUGGUGAACUCCUACCUUCUUGCACUCAGUUCAUUUGCUGAUGAAGUGGACUUUGUGCUUCAGGCUAAAACACACCUCAGUAAACUUCAAGACACAGCAUUACAGGUACUAGUGGCACCUGCCCCACCCAUGUCCUAUUACUUUAGUAUGAAAGUACUGUCAUGGAUUUCUCACUGGUUGCAAAAACACUGUCACUGCACAUGUGAUGCAAGUGGGCCUUGUGUAAUUUUACAAAGACAAGGACUGGUAAUACACCAUAUCAUUUGUGAAAGGAGGUUGAAUUCUCCCCCUGUAAAACAGAACACAGAGCUGGAACUGACACGAGAUUUACAGACUCUCUGGGGAAGAAUGAUAUCAGGAUAUCUGGAAGCAGGCUGGUCAGUUGUAGCAGACUUUCUGCAUUCUUGCCACAAAGCUGAGGAUCUAGUCUUAUCCUUGAGGAGCGUUGAGGACAUUGUCAGUGAUAUUGCCAGUGCGCUUGAAAUUGGAGGCAGGAGCGCGUUGGUACCUUUGAUGAAUGUUCUGGGGAAGAUACUUCCAAGAUGUCUGGUCAGUGAGACAUUGAAGCUGAUUUCCAUUUGUUGGAGUAUGGUAUUUGAGCUUCGAAAAACAGAAUUGUUCUGGACAGCCAUGGAAGCAUUUAUACAGAUGCUUUUCCAGCCAUUGGUAAUGACCACUGCUGCCUAUCAAGAUCAUCUUCUUCAGUACUCGUACAAGAUUUUUUCACAUGGCGAAGCAAUAGUGGGUCUCUGUAACAUACUCAUCACACAGCUGCAGAAAUUGGCAGCACUUUCAUCACCAGAUAUAUUGCAGCGUUACUGUGCAGUCUUGGUGGAUGCCUUGACAUUUGGACCAGUUCAUCGACGGGAUCGGAGGAUUAUCACUGAUACAUGCCGGUUCAUCUCUUCACUUGGAAAACAGUGUUCCAUCAAUGAUCUUGCUUCCAAUGAUUGCUGUGUGGACAGUGAAGUGCGGGCACGGGCUCUGCAGUUGUUGCUGGUGGCAUGUGGCAGUGGCUUAAGCCACCAAUUUGUUGGAAAGCUGAUGGAUGCACUUGUACUGAAAGACAGGGCUGAAUCUUCACAUAAGACUCGAUACUAUGGUGAUUCACAGCUUCAUCGCUUGAAACAUCGUGUGAUGCAGAGUCUUCUGGUCCUUGAGCCCUUGCUUGAUGUGGAGACAGCAGAACGGCUUGUGCAGUGGCUCCAGGACAGUCUUCUGAUGGAGAGUCAGCAGCCCAGUGUCCGCUACCAGCAAGAGUGGCUCCUUACAAGACUUUUGUACCACCAUCCUCACCUGCGUGACAGACUGUGGGACAUGUUUCAGCAGGGAAGACAGAAGCGGCCUGGCAGCAUGUGUUCAUUCAUCGCAGUCCUGUACCAGCUGGCAUGUGUGCUGAUUGAUGAAGAGGAAGUAUUUGUGGGCAGGAGCAUGCGUGAGAUACUGCCUUGCUGUAUGGCCCAGCACUUCAGUGUGCGCCUCUAUGCUCAGACAACACUGCAGAAGCUGAUUGCACUCUGUAAGGCCCAACGACUUGACCGAGUUUCUACUGAGUACUACAUAGUGGAGUUGAGUUUGCAGGCCAGUGUGAAGCAUGGCAAUGCUGUGAAAAAUGUCCACAAGUUGCAGGAAGAUUUCUACUUCAGUGCUUUCCAUCCCGUUGAGCAUUACACUCUUGAGACCAUCUUUUACGAUCUCCCACGGUUAGCUGGUGUCACCGAUGAGGAGUGGAUUUCUCCUGACCUCUUGAGGUCCUGUGGUGUGUCUGAGAUGAGUCACAUUGACUUGGUAAACUCAAACUGUGCUCUUAAGCAAUUUGCUGCAGCUGCUUGGAUGCCGAAGUCCUCAGUUGGUGCAGAAGAUGAUGCUGCUUCCACAAUAAGACUCCAUAAAAAUGUGCAGAAGAAAUUGGUACCCUGGCAUGCAAUGAUUCCAGAACAAGAUCUGGCAUCAGAACUGAGACAGAAGAGACAGGAGGGACUUAUAGUUGUAGCAUCUCUCAUUGACUGUCUGCCUAAUCUGGGUGGCCUGUGUCGCACAUGUGAAGGUUUUGGAGUCUCAGAGUAUGUUGUUGGAAGUCUGAAGUCCACAGAGGACAAGCAGUUCCGCAGCUUGAGUGUCUCAGCUGAGCAGUGGAUACCAAUAUCAGAGGUGAAGCCUCACUUGCUGUCCAGGUAUUUGGAGGUCAAGAGAAAGGAUGGUUACACACUGGUUGGAGCUGAGCAGACAGCAAACAGUACUCGGCUGAAUGACUUCAAGUUCCCUCAGAAGGCACUGCUCUUGCUGGGAAAUGAGAGGGAAGGCAUCCCACCAGAUAUCCUACCAUUUCUGGAUGUUUGUGUAGAGAUUCCCCAGCAGGGAAUUGUGCGCUCCCUCAAUGUGCAUGUGACUGGUGCAUUGUUUGUGUGGGAGUAUAUGAGACAGCAAGCUCUGACAUGAUCACAUUCAAAUACAUUUCACAAAAGGCAGGAAUGUGAUACAUUGCAUUAUGGGUAGUAUCCUGUAUUUCAGAAUCUAUACAUGUUCUGUGGUUUAAUAAAACUGCAGUGAUUUAAAUCUGGUAAA